UUUUCAGGCUUUGCUGGUCUCUCUCUUCCCGUAAUGUAAUGGCUUUAUGCCGAUUUGCUUACUCUUGUUCUCCUGCUUCUUCCGCUUCCACCUUUUUCCGUUUCCCAAAAUACCCUUCCAAACACGUUAAAUUCUCCUUGCUGCGACACUCUUUCGCAACAAUGGAAGCUCCUCCAGAAGGUUAUCGCAAAAACGUUGGUAUCUGUCUCAUGAACAAUCAGAAAAAGAUUUUCGCUGCUUCCAGGCUCGACAUUCCCAAUGCUUGGCAAAUGCCUCAGGGUGGUGUUGAUGAAGGUGAGGAUCCAAGAAAUGCAGCUAUAAGGGAACUUAGAGAAGAAACUGGAGUUAGUUCUGCGGAAGUGAUUGCAGAGGUACCAUUUUGGUUAACUUAUGACUUCCCACCAAAAGUCAGGGAGAAAUUAAAUGCUCAGUGGGGAUCUGAUUGGAAGGGUCAGGCACAGAAAUGGUUUCUUUUCAAGUUCAUCGGGCAAGAUCAAGAAAUCAAUCUUUUGGGUGAUGGUACUGAGAAAGCUGAGUUUGGCGAAUGGUCAUGGAUAUCACCUGAACAAAUAAUUGAGCUUGCAGUGGAUUUCAAGAAGCCUGUCUACAAGGAAGUCCUAGCUGUGUUUGCUCCAUAUCUUCAAUAAUGUUAUAUCUGGUUGAAAUUGUUAUGGCUUCCCAAUGACAGAUGCCUUGGGUGAUUCUAGAAUGAAUGUAUUGCAAACAACUACCGAGACAAUUGUUCUCUUUUUCUCCUAUAGGCCACAACCAUAGGACAAGCGAAGAGGGCUAUUUAUUGCAUGUCUGAAUCAAAUAUGUAUUGUUAUGCCAUGUAUUGCAUCUGUCCACUAUUUUGUCAUGAUGAAA